UCAGCUACCACACACUCUCUGCCCGGAAAGCUAAUUUCGGGCGCCUGGCUAACCCUUCCUCGCUGGAAAAACACCGCAGCAACGAACUGCUUGUUGACUCAUGUAUUUAGCAGUUUUUGUUACAAUAUCAGAAUUUUGUCCCAGGAAAACGCAGCGAGUGAAGGUGAAUUUACCAUAAUACAGAUAAAAGAUGGAGGGUGACAACUGCAGUUUUCCUCCGGAUUUGUCUGAUGAUCAUUCGCAAAGAGGAAGUGUGGCUUCUUCCGCAACACUUUCCCGUGCUCAGGACGUGCUGGUGUAUUUGUUUGGUGAGAGCGCCGUCCACUUAUCCAUGGAAGGGCUCGGCAGCGUCUCCGUGCAGGAGUUGGGCCGUAGCGUUCGUGAAGCCCUGCAGAUCCCAGAGUCCGCACCGGAUACUUUUGCCUUUUGGCUCUGUUCUCCUUUGCUUGAGCUGCAGCUGAAGGCGAGGCAUCAGCCGUACAAGCUGUGCAGGCAGUGGCAGGAUCUGCUGUAUCGAUUCACUGACGCGUCAGAAGACGACAUUUCACAAGAUGAACCAUAUCUGCAGUACAGGCGCAACGUGUUUUACCCGAAGUCUAAAGAGCUGCAGAUUAAAGAUGAGACUGUGUUGAGACUUCUCUACGAGGAGGCCAGGAGCAACAUCCUCUCUGGCCGGUACCCGUGCGACCCGGAGCACUGGGCGGGGCUCGGCGCCUUGUCCCUCGCUCUUGAGGAGGGGCCUGGUCUUGACAGCCAGCAGAUCACCACUAAAAUCAGGGAAAAGAAGCUGCCUUCCUUCGUGCCGGCUCACGUUGCCGUGGGCAGCGGAGGGUUUUUCUCCACCCUGCGAGGGAAAUCAAGCCGCCAGGCAGAGCUGGAGCAGAAACUCUCCGAGGAGUACGGAAAGAUCAGCAAGUCCACUGGAGGCUCUCCGGAGCCGCAGCAGCUCCUGCACCAGUACCUCAGCAUGUGUCACACUCUGCCUUAUUACGGGUGCGCCUUUUUCUGCGGGGAGAUUGACAAGCCAGUUCAAGGCAUCCUCCAACGAGGAAGACGUAAAGCUGUCAGUGUCGGGAUCUGCCUGGACGGAGUUUAUGUGAUGGACGUGAAGGAGAAGCAUGUGCUGCUCGGGCUGCGUUUCAGCGAGCUCUCGUGGGACCACAGUCGCCCCGAAGAGGAGGGGGACUCGCACAUCCUGUGGCUGGAGUUUGACGGGGAGGAAGACGGCACUCCCGUCAACAAACUGCUGAAGAUUUACUCAAAACAAGCCGAGUUAAUGAGCGGCUUUAUCGAGUUCUGCGUGGAGCUGAUGUCUACGUCAGAGGGGGGCGCCGCCAACGAGCCGGGCGUUCCCCAGGAGCCCGCCAGACAGGAAGCCGGCACCAGGAACGGCCGCGGAGGGCGCCGCGGGAUGCUGCAAAGGCAGGGCAGCGUCGUGUGCAGCCGGGUCCACUCCCUCAAUACCAUCAGCUACGUGGAUAACGGCAAAGAAAUCAAACGCUUAAAGCCAAAAAGAGCCGCGUCCUUCUUCACUCGGCAGGCCACGGCGCCCACUUACUCUGCAGUGAACACUGAGAGCCUGGAGCAGGGUUAAACCUCUCUGCCUCCGUCUCCUCGACGACCAAACCUGAACGUUUUUACACUGAGAUGUAAAAGUGAAAAA